AUGGAGAAAUUCGGGUUUCACAAAGUGACAAAUAACCCGGGCCCGGGAAACCCUGUGAUUACCCACAAUCAGCCUGUCCGUGAACAGGCGCCAGUUCCACAUUUCAAGAAGCAACUUCGCGUCGAAGGCGUGUCCUCUAACCUGGUGGCUCUCUCUAAUUUGGUAGGUGUCAAUCCCCAGGACUUCCCGGAAAUUGCUGAAAAGACGCCUGUUUCCAUUGACGGCAGCUUUGUAUUUUCCAUCACCAAGGACCCUGCGCAAAAGCCAGGAACUAUUGGAUUAUUUGGAGUGAUUCGUCAAUGGGUGAAAGCUUCCUUGGGUCAACCAGUGGUGGUUGAACCAUACAACAUUUUUGACAAAAGCUCAGACAACACCCAUUACUUGGGUGAGGUGGAUCUCAUGAUCGACUUUAGACAGGCUUCCAAGGCCCACGCGUCGACUUUGGACGAGGAAGAUUUGAUUAACGUCUUCAUUUCCAACUUCGAGAACCAGAUCUUGCAGCCCACACAGCCAAUUGUCAUGGAUUACAAGGGUGUAGUGUAUUCGAUCUACGUGUACGCGUGCCAGGUGAUCAACUUGAACCAGUUGGGGCAACCUAAUCGUCAGAUGUCCCAAGAUUUCGAAACCAAAGGAAUUUUGAUGAAGGGCGGAACACAGAUCAACUUCUUCCCUGUGGAUGGUUCACCUUUGCAGAUCGCAAAGAAGAAGGGUGGACGCUCUUCGGCCAUGAUCAACAAGCCUAGAGCAAACCCUAUCAUCAACCCAGACUUCAAAUUGGAGAAUAUGGGAAUUGGUGGUUUGGAUGCAGAGUUUCAGCAAAUUUUCCGUAGAGCAUUCGCCUCACGUAUCGUGUCGCCGGAUUUAGUUGAUAAGUUAGGCUUACGUCACGUUAAGGGUCUUUUAUUAUAUGGUCCUCCAGGUACUGGUAAGACGUUGAUUGCUCGUCAGAUUGGAAAAAUGUUGAACGUGAAGGAGCCAAAGAUCGUCAAUGGUCCGGAAAUGCUCUCCAAGUAUGUGGGUUCGUCCGAAGAAAACAUUAGGAAUUUGUUUAAGGAAGCUGAGGCUGAGUACAAGGCUAAAGGAGAAAGCUCGCAGUUGCACAUCAUCAUCUUUGAUGAGUUGGACUCGGUGUUCAAGCAGAGAGGUGGCGCAAGAAGCGAUGGAACCGGUGUAGGUGACAAUGUUGUCAACCAGCUCUUGGCCAAGAUGGAUGGUGUGGAGCAGUUGAACAACAUUUUGAUCAUUGGUAUGACCAACAGAUUGGACUUGAUCGAUAACGCUUUAUUGCGUCCUGGUCGUUUCGAGAUCCAGAUUGAAAUCUCCUUGCCAGAUGAGAAGGGUCGUAAAGAGAUUCUUUACAUUCAUACAAAGAAGAUGAAGGACAAUGAUCUUUUGAGCGACGACAUUGACUUUGACGAGUUGGCUAGUUUGACCAAGAACUUUACAGGAGCAGAACUUGAAGGAUUAUGUAACUCCGCAUCGUCAUUUGCCAUAAACCAGUAUACUAAGGGAGACAAUAUUGCCAAGGUUGAUCAAAACAUCGAGAACAUGAAAUUGACAAGAAACGAUUUCUUGUUGGCGCUCAAUGAGGUCAAGCCCGCAUUUGGUGUCAAUGAGGAAGACUUGAACUUGAAUUUCCCCUACGGCAUCAUCGAGUACAACCCUAGAGUGCACUCAGUAUUCGAAAAAUUGAAGUCGUAUGUGGAAGAAGUCAAGAACUCCGACACUGAGAGGCUCAUUAGUGUUUUGUUGCAUGGUGAACCUGGAGUGGGUAAGACAGCCAUCGCCUCCAUGCUCGCCUUGAAGUCGGAGUUUCCUUUCAUCAAAAUGCUUAGUGCAGAGAGCUUGGUGGGCAUGUCGGAGGGAAUGAAGAUUAAUGCCAUCGACAACAUCUUUAGGGAUGUUUACAAGUCGCCAUUGAAUGUUCUUGUUAUUGAUAAGAUCGAGACUUUAAUCAAUUACGUGCCUAUUGGUCCAAGAUUUUCCAAUGAUAUUUUGCAGAUGCUCAUUGUCAAUCUCAACAAGAAGCCACCUGGAGGCAGACGUUUGCUCAUCAUUGGAACUACGUCGCAGUAUUCUGUUUUGAAGCACAUGAGCUUGGUGGAGAACUUUACUAAGACUAUCGAACUUAAGAAGAUCAAGAAUCUUGAAGAGGUCAAGGUUGUAUUCGAGGAGUUGGAGUUCAUGCUGGGUAAAGAACGUCAAGCCGUCCUUCAACAGUUGGCCACAUUCAGUGAUGGUGCUGUUGAUAUCAGUAUCAAGAAGUUGAUCCAAGUUAUGAUGAACUGUAAGUAUCUCAAGGCGGACGUUGAUCUUGCGGUUGAGAACAUCAUGGAAGCACAAGUGGCAUAA